UUCCUGGCCCCCGGGGUGCGGCGCGUGCCCGUGCGGGAGGGCCGGGUGCGGGCCACGCUCUUCCUGCCGCCAGGCAAGGGCCGCUUCCCUGGGAUCAUUGACUUGUUUGGAAGUGGUGGUGGCCUUUGUGAAUACAGAGCCAGCCUCUUGGCUGGACAUGGCUUUGCUGUGCUUGCUCUGGCUUACUUCAGAUAUGAGGACCUUCCAGAAUAUUUGAGUGACUUGCACUUGGAGUACUUUGAAGAAGCAGUAGGCUUUAUGCUUCAGCACCCAAAGGUAAAAGGUCCUACUAUUGGGCUUCUCGGUUUCUCCAAAGGAGGUGACCUGUGUCUCUCAAUGGCAUCCUUCUUGAAAGGUAUCACAGCCACUGUACUUAUCAAUGCCUGUGUGGCCAACACACUAGUUCCUCUUCAUUACAAGGAUAUGACUAUUCCUGAUCUCCACAGUGACCUACAGAAACAAAAAAUUACUGAAUCAGGCCUUUUGAAUAUGGUGGAUAUUUGGAACAAUCCACUGGAGGAACCUAAUCGCCAGAGUCUUAUUCCAUUGGAAAAGGCCCAGGGACCCUUCCUGUUUAUUGUUGGCAUGGAUGAUCAUAACUGGAAAAGUGGCUUCUAUGCUAAUAUAGCAUCUGAAUGGCUACAAGCUCAUGGAAAAUACAAACCCCAGAUAAUCCGUUAUCCAAAGACUGGUCACUGUAUUGACCCACCUUAUUUUCCUCCUUCUAGAGUGUCUGUGCAUGCAUUAUUGGGUAAAGCAAUAUUCUAUGGAGGAGACCCAAAGGCUCACUCAAGGGCACAGGUGGAUGCCUGGCAGCAGAUUCAAACUUUCUUCCAAAAACAUCUCAAUGGUAAAAAAUCUAUCAAGCUCAGCAAAAUAUAACACUGCAUUAUAGAUCAAAUACUACUCAUAAAAAUCCUAAUCAUAUAAUUUUUAUUGGGCUUCCCAGAGCACCUAGGAAACUUUUUGUAAUAAAGAAAGUAGCUCAGCUUCCUUGGCAAGUCCUUCCAGAUUUUAAGUCCUUUAUUCCCUACUAGCUUCACCCUUCGCUCUCCUGAACUUUACAAAUGUAUAGGUUUUUCUCAGAUCUCAUCUGUAGGAACAAUUUUAACCUUAGGCAACUCUCAGGGGAUGCCCAACUCUCAGGGGAUGACCUAGCUUCAUCUUUGUGUCCCAAGUCUAAGGACUAAGCUUCUGUAUUGUUCUGAAGUCCCAUAUUCUCUUUGAGCACUAACUGAUCUCUUUUAUUUCUUUCCUUUUUUUUGUACUGGGGAUCAAACUUGGGACCUUGAGCUUGCAAGACAGACCCACUGAGCCAAAUCCCCAGCCCAGGCACUAACCGAUCUUGUCUGAGCCUUGGGAACCUGCCCACUAGAGUUCUUCAGGGAUGGAUUCUGCCUUAUUCUUUCCCCACCCCACCCCCAGUAGUGGGGAUUUAACCUAGGGCCUUUGUACUGAGCUACAUUCCUGAAAGUUUACUCAAGUCUUAUCCUUGAUCUCUAAACUGAAGACUGGGGGCAUUGUACCUGUUGAUAAACUUGCUUUAUUAUGUUCACCAUCUCUGGAUUCCCUGAUUGCCUCUCUCAAGGUAUGCAUUGAUGACAAGAUUUUUAGGAUUACAAACCCUUCUAGACUAUGGCCUUCAUCUUUGGAUGUCUUGUUACACCUGCCAGAUUAAACUUCCUCCCAGCCCUAUCUGCUCCUGUUGACUUCCAGUUGGAAAGGACUAGUAUCUGUCUGCUUACACCCACAGCAGUUGAACCACUGUCCAGAGUCCUGAGAUACUACAGUAGAGGUCUUCCCUGAGCACAAGAAAUUUUUCUGAGACUUGGGCACAUACAAAAUCUUUCAUCAAAUUGGGUAUAUCAGAACACAUGACCAUUACAUCCUAACUAAUGAAAAAAAAGAUUCUUUAAAGGUAACUUAAUUUUGACCUGUUGUUAAAACUUUUUUGAGUACAAUGCUUCGUCUUAUAGUAUAAUAUUCUAUGAUGUGAAUUCUGGUAUCCUUCGCUUUGUCUCACUCCCAGGCAGGCCUGCCACUCUAGUGGGAAAAGAGAAGCACUAGUUACACAAAACUUACAACAUUCAUAAAAUAAAAGCAAAUCUUAGAAAUCAAUUUCUCCCAAAUAUUGUACUAAGAAACAUUAAAAACAUGGGACCAGCUCUGGGCAGCGACUCACAGGCCAAGUCCAUGUGACUCCUGUGGAACCUCACGCCAGCUGGCCCAGAGGAAUCCUGCCUCAGACAGACGCCAAGGGACGUCAUAAGGAACCCGCUCAAAGUGGAGGUGACCGUCCACCCCGCGCCACGGCAACCCCAGGAGCAGCUGGGCCCAGCCUCUGCACAGGUGCAGCACUGCUUCCCCCACGCCUGGGGUCUGCCGGGCGGCUGCCAGGUGCUGCAGCCCUUCAACCCAAACGGCCUGGCUGUGUGCCGGGGGAACUGACUGGCUAGCUGGCAUUGUCAUCUGAAAACAACACGCUCCUUAAAUGCUUUGCCUCAUGAGCAUCGAGUGGAAUAUUAAUUCCCCUAAGUGGUGACUAAGAUCAAACUUUGCUUGGGUACUUUUUUUAUGUCAGCUGCCCACCUUUCAAACUCCUAGUUCUGCAGAUGCCGUUCCUUGUCAUUAUACACUGUGCUUGUUCACCAUAUACUAAAAUAAAUGCCGCAGAGUUUCUAGCA